AAGGAUUGUCGAGCCAAUGGGUGAUCAAUCAGGGGCGGGGCUUACGCCUUGCGCUCACAGUAGGAAAUGAAGGGCUUACCUCCGCCUGUACUUGCCGACAUGUGCAUGUUAGAAAGUUACACAACCGUUUAUAAGGUAAAUGUCUCGCACUGAUCGCAGGUUAUGCGUGGGGUACCAGUGUCCGGCUGAACUGCAGGAGGAUGGCGAUCGAAAUGGAGCCAAUAAAGAAAGAUGCGAAGAGCAACCCUUCCGCCACGGCUAACCUCUUCUCACAGAUAUUUUUCUGCUGGCUGAACCCUCUUUUCCGUAUCGGAUCAAAGAGAAGACUUGAAGAAGAUGACAUGUAUAAAGUGCUUCCGGAGGAUGGGUCCAAGAGACUCGGAGAGGAACUGCAGAGCUACUGGGACCAAGAAGUGGAAAAAGCAACCAAAGAACUCAGGACACCCAAACUCACCAAAGCCAUUAUCAGGUGCUACUGGAGAUCAUAUGCAGUACUGGGAGUGUUCACUCUUAUAGAGGAGGCGAUUAAAGUGAUUCAACCAGUGUUUUUGGGAAAACUCAUUCAGUAUUUUGAGAGAUCUGAGCCUGAUAACAUGGCAGCGUUGUAUGAAGCUUAUGGAUAUGCAGCAGGCAUCUCUCUCUCCGCUCUGGGUCUGGCUUUACUCCACCACCUCUACUUUUACCACGUCCUAAGAGCUGGAAUGAAAAUCCGCAUUGCAAUGUGUCACAUGAUCUACAGAAAGGCGUUGUGCCUUAGUGCCACAGCCAUGGGCCAGACAACCACCGGGCAGAUUGUUAACCUUUUGUCGAAUGACGUCAACAAGUUCGAUGAGGUGACUAUUUUUCUGCACUACUUGUGGGUGGGGCCUCUGCAAGCCGCAGCUGUGAUUGGUCUGCUUUGGCAAGAGAUCGGAGCAUCAUGCCUUGCGGGCAUGGCCGUUUUAAUCUUUCUUAUGCCCCUUCAGACCAUGUUUGGGAAACUGUUUUCAAAGUACAGGAGUAAGACGGCAGCCUUCACUGAUAGUAGGAUACGCACUAUGAAUGAGGUGGUGUCUGGUAUACGUAUAAUUAAGAUGUAUGCCUGGGAGAAGCCAUUCGCAGCACUGGUUAAUGAUGAACGAAGAAAGGAGAUCUCAAAAAUCAUGAACAGCUCUUACCUCCGAGGACUGAACAUGGCCUCGUUCUUUACGGCGAAUAAAAUCAUCCUGUUUGUGACGUUCACGGUGUACGUUCUGGUGGGCAACAAAAUCUCUGCCAGCCGUGUGUUUGUGGUCGUGUCGCUGUACAGCGCCAUCCGCCUCACCGUUACUUUGUUCUUCCCUGCUGCUAUCGAGAAAGUGUCCGAGUCUGCCAUCAGCAUCCGGAGGAUCAAGAAGUUCCUCUUGCUCGAUGAGCUUGUGAAAUCUCACGUUCCGCUUACUCGGGAGGAUAAGAAAGAGGCGUCUGUGGAGAUACAGGAUCUCAUAUGCUACUGGGACAAGUCUAUAGAUGCGCCAACAUUACAAAACGUAUCUUUUACUGUGAAGCCCGGUCAACUUCUAGCUGUUAUUGGUCCUGUGGGGGCUGGAAAGUCUUCUCUCCUCAGCACUGUUCUGGGGGAGCUUCCAGCAGAAAAGGGUGUGGUAAAGGUCAAAGGUGAGCUGACGUAUGCCUCCCAGCAGCCUUGGGUUUUUCCAGGAACCAUUCAGAGCAACAUACUGUUCGGAAAGGAGCUGCAGCCCCAGCGAUAUGAGAGCGUCCUCAGAGCCUGUGCGCUCAAAAGGGACAUGGAGCUGCUUCCUGACGGGGAUUUGACUGUGAUCGGAGACAGAGGAGCAAAUCUCAGUGGAGGACAGAAAGCUAGAGUCAACCUGGCCAGGGCUGUGUAUCAGGAUGCUGAUAUUUACCUUUUGGAUGAUCCAUUGAGCGCAGUGGAUGCAGAAGUGGGUAAACACCUGUUUGAACAGUGUAUUUGUGGUAUUCUGAAGGACAAGCCCAGGAUCUUGGUUACUCACCAGCUGCAGUACCUGAAGGCCGCAAAUCAGAUCCUGGUUUUGAAGGAGGGGCACAUGGUGGCACGUGGCACAUACUCAGAGCUGCUGCGAUCGGGAGUGGAUUUCACCUCUCUGCUGAAGAAGGACGAGGAAGAAGAGGGUGAAAAAGGAGAGGCUGCUCGCUCCCCCCGCAGCCGCACACUCUCCCAGAACUCCGUCCGUUCGCACUCUUCAUCUGUUCUGUCUGUUAAAGAUGAAUCCGAUCAGCUGCCGGCAGAGCCUGUGCAUACUGUGGCCGAAGAGACGCGCACCGAGGGGACCAUCGGCCUUCACAUGUACUGGAAAUAUUUUAGAGCUGGAGCUAACGUCCUAAUGCUGAUUUUGCUUGUGCUCCUCAACUUGCUGGCACAGACUUUUUAUAUUCUUCAUGACUGGUGGCUUUCAUACUGGGCCACAGAGCAGGAGAAGCUGGACUUUUCUUCCUCUAACAUCAGUUCCACCAUCGGCACAAAUGGCACUUUCGGCACUAACACGACUCAAGAGCUCCACCUGGAUUUCUAUCUUGGCAUCUAUGCAGGUUUAACAGGAGUCACCGUCAUCUUUAGCUUCAUGCGCUUUCUGAUUAUGUUUAACGCUCUGGUGAACUCAGCAGAGACGUUACACAACCGCAUGUUCAACAGCAUCCUGAGAACCCCAGUCCACUUCUUUGACAUCAACCCCAUUGGAAGAAUCCUCAACCGGUUCGCCAAAGACAUCGGCUACCUUGAUUCCUUACUUCCAUGGACAUUUGUUGAUUUUAUCCAGGUGUUUCUGCAAAUCAUUGGAGUCAUUGCUGUGGCAUCUUCCGUCAUCCCUUGGAUUCUGAUUCCUGUGAUUCCUCUGUUGAUCGCCUUCCUGUUUCUACGCCGCUACUUCUUGCGGACAUCACGAGACGUCAAGCGCAUUGAAUCCACUACUCGAAGUCCUGUAUUUUCCCAUCUGUCAUCCUCACUGCAAGGCCUCUGGACCAUUCGUGCCUUUAAAGCGGAGGAAAGGUUUCAGCAAACGUUUGAUGCCCAUCAGGAUCUGCACUCCGAGGCCUGGUUCCUGUUCUUGACCACUUCACGCUGGUUUGCAGUACGCUUGGAUGGAAUGUGUUCGGUGUUUGUGACCAUCACAGCCUUUGGAUGCCUUCUUCUUAAAGACAGUAUGAAGGCAGGAGAUGUGGGAUUGGCUUUGUCUUAUGCAGUCACCCUAAUGGGAAUGUUCCAGUGGGGCGUUAGACAGAGUGCCGAGGUGGAGAACCUGAUGACGUCAGUGGAGAGAGUUGUCGAAUACACAGAGCUGGAAAGCGAAGCACCUUGGGAAACCCAGAAACGCCCCUCUCCCGACUGGCCCAAUCGGGGCCUGAUAACCUUCGACAGGGUCAACUUCUCCUACAGCUCUGAUGGACCCGUCAUCCUCAAGAACAUCUCGGCCAUGUUCAGACCCAGAGAGAAGGUUGGGAUCGUUGGACGGACCGGUGCAGGGAAAAGCUCCCUGAUUUCAGCGCUGUUUCGUCUGACGGAGCCGGAGGGUAAAAUCUUAGUGGACGGCGUGUUGACCUCUGAGAUCGGCCUGCACGACCUCCGCCAGAAGAUGUCGAUCAUCCCGCAGGAUCCCGUGCUGUUCACAGGAACCAUGAGGAAGAACCUGGACCCCUUCAGCCAGCACUCAGACCAUGACUUAUGGAACUCUCUGAAAGAGGUCCAGCUGAAGGCUGCUGUGGAGGAGUUGCCUGCUAAACUGGAGACCGAACUGGCUGAGUCUGGAUCAAACUUCAGUGUGGGUCAACGGCAGCUCGUCUGUCUAGCUCGGGCCAUUCUGAGGAAGAACCGGAUUCUUAUCAUUGAUGAGGCCACCGCAAACGUGGACCCUCGGACAGACGAGCUGAUCCAGAAAACCAUCCGAGCCAAGUUUAAGGAGUGCACCGUCCUCACCAUCGCACACAGACUCAACACCAUCAUAGACAGCGACCGCAUCCUGGCGUACAUGAACCGCAGUCCGGUCCACCAGCUCAACGGCUUCGCCACCACAAGAGAUGGCAGCUUGGUUAUCUUCGAGACUGCUUUAUAACAGCCCGUAAAGAGCCUGA